AUGACCCUGACACGAGGUUCCUUCAGCUACUCCAACGGCGAGGAGUACCACGGCGAAUGGAAAGAAGGUCUGCGUCAUGGCCUGGGUCAGCUGACCUUCAGCGACGGGACGUGCUACACCGGACAGUUUGAGAACGGCCUCUUCAACGGCUGUGGGGUGCUGGUCUUCCCCGACGGCUCCAGGUAUGAAGGUGAAUUUGUGCAGGGAAAGUUUCAAGGCGCCGGCGUCUUCACUCACUUCGACGGGAUGAGGUUUGAAGGCGAGUUUAAAAGCGGAUGUGUGGACGGUUACGGAGUGCUGACGUUUCUGGACGCCGGCCCUGGCGGCGGCGGCGGCGGCGGCAGCCAUGAAGGCCUGUUUGAGACCAACCAGCUGAUGAGUAGGGAGAACAGCCAGGGAGCCGUGCAGAGAGCGCAGUCAGCAGCCGCCAAGGCCCGAACUCUAGCCAUGUGA